AUGAACGUCCUAGACCUUGGGCUGUUUAGGAGCAUACAGUCACUUCAGCAUCAGAUUCCUAUAUAUACCAUCGACGGGCUGGUAUCAGCAACAAAACAGGCGUUCUGGUCAAUAGAUCCAGACAUCCUUAACAACAUCUUCUUAACCUGGCAAGAUUGCAUAAUUGAAGUCAUGAAAGGCAAUGGUGACAACAAUUACAAAAUUCCUCUCAUGGGCAAAGCUUCCAUGCAGAAGAAAGUGCAACUGCCGGUCACACUCAUAUGUCCUCACGAGGUUAUAGAGCAAGCCAAAGCCUUCAUUUCUACACAAUAA